AUGUCCCUCCCAACCUUCGGCCAGUGCCAACUGAAACUGUACUGUAGUGGCACGCACGCAAGCGCGCAAGAAAAGAAAACCAUGGGCAAUGGCAGCAGUUACUACAAUGGCAAUGGCAAUGGCAAUGGCAUGGCACCUGCUCCUCCUCCUCCUCCCUCCGUCUUCCGCCGUGAGCGUGAGUUGGCUGGCUGACAGUGAGCGCUGCGUGUCGUGCUGCGUUGUUGUCUGGUAGGGCUGCCCCCAUUGAUUUGAUCCCCCCGGACCUUUUGUCUCCUUCCUUUCCUUUCCCUUCCCUUCCCCCUCACCACUGCCGCUCGCCUACUACUACCACUUGUUCUCACUUCUUGGCCGCUGCUUCUGCUUGCUUCCUCGCUCCUCCCACCUCGUCCCUCCCCUCGCCUCCCUCCUCUGGCCGCUAGCUAGCUAGAUACUGCAGUGGUUGCUGCUUGGCUUUGGCUUUGGUUGCUUGCUGGUGCUCUCCCCACUCCAGCUUGCUCCCCUCUCCACACCCCCCUCGGCGGCUUCUGCGGUGAAGGUGCGAGCUCCGGGCAUGCCCCCCCGAGCUUGAUUGCGGUCGACGGGGGUGAAGGUGGAAGCUUGCUGCCGGAUCGAUUGGGGCGCUUGCUUUCCGGGCGGUGCCGCUUUCGGCAGUAAAGGCGGGGGGAUCUUGCGCCCACCUGCCGCCGGAUCGACAAAUCCCCCGCGGCAGCAAUCCGUGUGGCUGCGGGCAGGAGGGUGCCGCGCGCCGCCGCUCCCCCUGUCCGGCAUUGCGGGGAGCUCCGCCGAGCUCUGAGCGGGGGCCGCACGCACGCAAGGUGUUUGGUGAAAAGCGCGGCGCGGGCGAGCCAUGAGGGACUUCCCGUCCUGCUUCGGGGAGAGCGGCGUCCAGAUCGCGGACGCCGCGUCCUCCUCCAGCAGCGCCGGCAAGGGCGCGGCGCAGAACCUGGUCACCUGCCUCUACCAGACGCAGCUCGCCGGCCGGCCCUGCGUCGUCUCCGUCACCUGGAGCAAGAGCCUCAUGGGGCAGGGCCUCAGCGUCGCCGUCGACGGCCUCUCCGGCCAGAGCCUCUGCAAGGCGGACAUCAAGCCCUGGCUCUUCUCCAAGAAGAAGGGCUCCAAGAGCCUCGACGUCGACGGCGGCAAGGUCGACAUCUUCUGGGACCUCUCCGCCGCCAGGUUCGGCGCCGGGCCGGAGCCGCUGGAGAGCUUCUACGUUGCGCUGGUCUCCGACCUCGAGCUCGCGCUCCUGCUCGGCGACAUGAAGAAGGACGCCUACCGCAAGACCGGCGCCAACCGGCCGGCGCUCAACGCCGCCUUCGUCGCCAGGAAGGAGCACAUCUACGGCAAGAAGAUUUACUCCGCCAAGGCGCAGUUCUGCGACAAUGGCCAGUUCCACGACCUGGUGAUAGAGUGCGACACCGUCGGCCUCAAGGACCCGUGCCUUGAGAUACGCAUCGACAAGAAGCCGGUGAUGCAGGUGAAGAGGCUGGCAUGGAAGUUCAGGGGAAACCAGACGAUCCUCGUCGACGGCCUGCCGGUGGAGGUGUUCUGGGACGUCCACAGCUGGCUCUUCGGGCCGACGACGGCGAGCAACGCGGUGUUCAUGUUCCAGACAUGCCAGGCGCCCGAGAAGUCGAUGCCGUGGUCGUACUCGCAGAUUUUUAGGGAGUCCCAGCUGCAGGGCCUCGGCUUCUCGCUCAUCCUACAUGCAUGGAAGAUUGAGUAGGUGCUUGCAGAUCAUAAGUUGCUUCUGCGGCCGCCUCCUUUCCAGUGCUAACAAGAUGUUCCAUUCAGUGUCUGUCUGUUUUUCCGAGUGCUAUGGGAAACUCCAAUAUAUGUUCUUUCAAUUUAUUUUAUUCCUUUUCGGUUUCGCCAUCUUCAUAAACGAUGUGUUCGAAUUGUCUGGCAAGUUCCAGUGAUAUUCCAGUCUGUUUUUGUCAUCUCUUCCCCUCCCCUGUGUUUUGUUCCUUAAGUGAGAUCGGUUCCAAUGCUCCAAGUAGUUGAACUAUGGCAAUGUUCUAAGAAAGAAUGCUGUCAUGUGUGUAUACUGAAAGUUCAGAUUUAUAAUUUUUGUGUAUGGUAACAGUAUUGUCU